GAUAUUUCAUCACCAGUCGGAGAGCGGAGUGACGACAACGACUCGGCAGGCUAAAACGCUUGUUGACACUUGCACGUGUGCUCGCUUAUCGUCUUUUCGAUUGUCGUAUCUCGAAAUCCCAGAGAAUGACGAGCGCACGCAAAAGAGUACAACAAGGGUCCGAUGACUCGGUGGGGAACAGAUUGCAGAAUCGCACCUGGAGCCACGGCAAUGACAGCGAAGAAGAGGAAGGUGCCAGUGAAAACACAUUGCUGAAUGAAACCAGCGAACAGAGUAGGCGAAAUUAUUCCACUCCAAUAGAAUGCAAGACUUGCCCAGUCACAUCAUUUGCAGAAGAGAAAAUGCGUCGCAAAUUACGAUUCUUCUUCAUGAAUCCGAUCGAAAAGUGGCAAGCAAAACGACGCUUUCCCUACAAGUUUGUUGUUCAAGUCAUCAAGAUCAUCCUUGUGACCGUACAGCUCUGUUUGUUUGCACACAACAAUUAUAUGCAUGUAAAUUAUACUUGGGAUAAUCGAGUCACUUUCUCCCAUCUUUUUUUGAUGGGAUGGGAUUCUGUUCAAGAGGUACCAACAUAUCCACCUGCAUCAGGACCAUUGGCUAUCUAUAAACGAAGCGAUUUCUAUGACGCCAUUGAUUACGCUCUGCAUGGUUAUUACAACGUCGAUAAUGCAAUUGGCUCGUAUUCCUAUAUCGCUGAAGACAAUUCGGUCGUACCUGUAAUCUUGUGUCUUUAUCAGUAUAAGGAGGGUAUCAUUUUUGGCUUUAAUGAGAGCUAUGUGUUUGAUAACGAGAUUGUAGAAACAUGCAUGAACAUCAGUCUCGAGACCUUCAACACAUUUAAUUCGUCGCACAAUUUUCUGCAGGAUAGAAAUAUUAAUGUCAAUUUCUCCGCUCUGGUACGCGCUCAUCUUAAGUUUGCUCUGAAGACGAUAAAUCUGAAAGCGGCUGGACCAAUGACACCACCUGAUUGUUACCGUUUCAACAUCAAGAUCAUCUUUGAUAAUCGCGAUUUCGAUGGACAGAUGCUGCUCUCGUUAGACGCUGAUGCUCGAAAGUUACAAUGCAAAGGUGACACUCGUUACAUCACGGAUAAUCGUAUCGAAUCGGCGUUGAGAACUCUGUUAAAUUUGCUUGUUAUACUGAUCUGUGCGAUUUCUCUACUAUUGUGCUCGCGGGCGAUAUAUAGAGCACAAAUACUGAAGUACGAGACUAUUAACUUCUUCAAGAAGACAUACGGUACAGCGUUAAGCCUCGAAGGCCGAUUAGAAUUCUUAAACCUUUGGUAUAUCAUGAUCAUCGUUAAUGAUCUGCUUAUCAUCAUUGGUACUAUCAUAAAAGAACAAAUUGAACGAAAGCACUCCGAGAGUGAUCAUUGGAAUAUUUGCAGUAUAUUUCUCGGAACAGGAAAUUUACUCGUGUGGUUCGGCGUAUUACGUUAUCUCGGCUUCUUCAAAACAUACAACGUUGUCAUUCUAACUUUAAAGAAAGCAACACCAAAAGUGGCAAGAUUCUUAAUAUGCGCAAUUCUCAUUUACGCCGGUUUCACAUUUUGCGGCUGGCUGGUGCUCGGACCAUAUAAUAUGAAAUUUCGUUCUCUUGCAACCACUUCCGAGUGUUUAUUCGCAUUAAUCAAUGGCGAUGAUAUGUUCGCCACAUUUUCCAUUACGUCUUCCAAAUCGGCUGUGUUAUGGUGGUAUUCUAGAAUUUAUUUAUAUUCCUUUAUUUCAUUGUACAUUUAUGUCGUCUUAAGUUUGUUCAUUUCUGUGAUAAUGGAUGCAUACGAUACAAUCAAGAUCUAUUAUCGCGAAGGUUUUCCGAAAAACGACUUGCAAACAUUCAUAGCCCCAUGUACAGACGAGGCAUCAAGCGGUAUUUUCAGGGAUGAUUCCGAGAGGAGUGAUUUAACAGAAUUGUUUGAUCGGUUCUGCUGUUGUCGGAAAAGGCCCUUUUACGGAUCUUUUUCGGAAUCGGAUUCGUCAAUUAAAUCCGAGCAAGCGUGCGGAGGAGCCAUCUGUGUCUAGUGUAUUGAUGAAGAGCAGCUGGAAAUGUUAUGGUGCGACUAUAGAUACGCGAUACAAUAUUAAAUCGAUUGCAUCAAUUCCUUGAAGUCUAAUUCAUAAUUGGUAAUUUUAAUUGGCAAUUUUUUGCUUAUUUUCUAAUUCAAA